UGCCCUCAUCUAAAAUGGCGGGGCGGGGGCGGGGCUGGUGGGCGGAAGUGGCGGCCAUGGCUGUCUCUGCGGCCCUGAAGCGGCUGGAUCUGCGCGACUUUGCAGCGCUUUUCGAGACUCAUGGGGCUGAGGAAAUCCGCAGGCUAGAGCGCCAGGUUCGGGCCGAGAUCGAGCACAAGAAGGAGGAGCUGCGGCAGAUGGUGGGCGAGCGGUACCGCGACCUGAUGGAGGCGGCCGACACCAUCGGCCAGAUGCGCCGCUGUGAGGGGCUGGUGGACGCGGUGAAAGCCACCGACCAGUACUGCGGCCGCCUCCGCCAGGCCGGCUCGGCCGCCUCCGGCCCCCGCCGCCCCGCAGGUCAGUGCCGCAGCCCGUCCCAGGAGAAGUUUUACAGCAUGGCUGCCCAGAUCAAGCUGCUAUUGGAAAUUCCUGAGAAGAUCUGGAGCUCCAUGGAAGUCUCUCAGUGUCUCCAGGCCACACAGCUCUACCUGCUCUGCUGCCACCUCCACAGCCUACUCCAGCUGGAUGCAUCCAGUUCACAGUACAGUCCAAUCCUCUCCCGAUUUCCUAUACUCAUCCGGCAGGUGGCAGCAGCCAGCCACUUCCGGUCAAUAAUUCUGCGUGAAAGCAAGAUGCUGCUCAAAUGCCAAGCUGUGUCUGACCAAGCUGUGGCAGGGGCCCUCUGCUCUAUAAUGCUCCUAGAAGAGAGUUCCCCUCGCCAAGCCCUCACAGAUUUCUUGAUGGCCAGAAAAGCAGUUAUUCAGACACUUCUCAACCAGCCGAACCACGGUUCUGGCAUCAAGGCCCAGUUUUGCUCAUUAGUGGAAUUGCUGGCCACCACGUUAAACCAAGCACAUGCCCUUUUCUACACUUUACCAGAAGGGCUGCUGCCAGAUCCAUGCCUGCCAUGUGGGCUGCUCUUCUCUACUCUGGAGACUAUCACAAGCCAGCAUCCCACCGGGAAGUGCAUUAGUGUCCUGCAAGGGGAGAUGAAGCUGGGCAGCUGGCUCAGACACCUGCCGUCAUCUGUCGUCGAGUUCCAGCCAGUGCUCCGAACCCUGGCACAUCCCAUCAGCCAGGAAUACCGGGGAGACACGCUGCAGAAGUGCAUCACCAUGUGUACUGAAGAUAUUAAGAACGGGAUCACUAACCUGCUUCUGUAUGUGAAGAGCAUGAAAGGUCUCGCUGGGAUCCGGGAUGCCAUGUGGCAGUUACUUACAAGUGAGCCCGCCAGACACAGCUGGGAGGUGGUGUGCUGGUGGCUUCUGGAGAAGCCACUCCUGUUCUGGGAGGACGUGAUGCAGCAGCUGUUCCUGGACCGCCUACAGACUCUGACAAAGGAAGGCUUUGAGUCCAUCUCCAGUAGCUCCAAAGAGCUCCUGGUCUCAGCUCUGCAGGAACUUGAGAGCAGCACCGGCAGUUCUACACCAAACAAGCACAUUCUCUUUGAGCAAAACAUGUCUCUCUUCCUCUGGCAGGAGAGUCCCACUGACCUGCCUUCUGAUGCCGCGUGGGUCAGUGUGGCAAACCGACCCCAGUUAGCCAGUAGUGGCCUCUCCAUGAAAGCCCAGGCUAUUAGUCCUCGUGUCCAGAAUUUCUGUACUGCCUUGGAUUCCAAGCUAAAGGUUAAACUGGAUGACCUGCUGACUUACCUUCCCUCUGAUGACUCGGCCCUACCCAAGAAUACUGCCCCCAUGCUGCAGGCCAAGAACUCUGCCUUUGACCGAUACGGAGCUGGGACUGUGCAAGCCAUGCUGCGGACUCACUCUGUGGGGUGUGUCAAAUACAUCAUGGGUUGCAUCCAGGCGGAGCUGCAGAGCAUCGAAGUUGUUGUACAGGCCCAGGAGGAUGUCCUCCACAGCACCAAGCUGCACGGUCCUCGUCAUGGCCGACUCUGCCAGUCCCUGGGAGAACUGUGCCCCCACCUGAAGCUGUGCAUUGUGGGAAGGUCUAGAAGUGCUGAGAAACCAGAAAGGGAGACAAGGGCUCCGAAAAAGCAGGCAAAGGGGAAAGCUCAGGAUCUCACUCCCGGGCAGGCCCAGUGGCAGGAGGUGAAAGAAUUACUUCUCCAGCACAGUGUGACGGGCCACCAGGUCUGGAGCUCAGCAGUUGUGACAGUUCUGGUUCAUAGGUUUACCCAGUCAUUACUUUUAGAUGACGCUGGCUCCAUCCUAGCCACAGCCACAAACUGGGAGGAACUGGAAAUCCAGGAGGAGACUGAGUCUGGCAGCAGCAUCACAUCCAAGAUCCAACUCCCUUCACAGCCAUCCUGGUAUGUACAGUCCUUCCUGUUUAGCUUAUGCCAGGAAAUGAAUCGGGUUGGAGGCCACACCCUGCCAAAAGGGACACUCCAGGAGAUGCUGAAAAACUGCAUGGUCCAAGUAGUCACUGCCUAUGAGAAACUUUCAGAAGGAAAGCAGAAGAAGGAAGGCGCAUUCCCACUGACCCAGAAUUGGGCGCUGCAGCUCCUCUAUGACCUGCACUACCUCUGCAUUGUCCUCAGUAGCAAGCAAGAGAUGAAGAGUGGUCACGGCAAGCUGGACUGCAGAACUGAGAAAGUGACUGAGCACUUGGAAGCUCUCAUCGACCCCUUUGACCUGGAUGUGUUCACACUGUACCUCAACAGCAACCUCCAUCUCCUGGUGCAGCGCACUUCCGUCCUGUUUGGAUUGGUUACUGGUACAGAGAACCAGCUCACCCCUCAGAGCAGUUCACUGAACUCCCAGGAAGCCCACAACAUACUGCCGUUGGCCUCGAGUCAGAUCAGGUUUGGCCUGCUUCCACUGAGCAUGACAAGCACACGAAAGGCUAAGUCAAGCACCACAGGCAUCGAAACAAAAGCCCAGGUUGGCCCCCUUGCACUCUCCAGAGCAGGUGACCCCACGCAACCUGGCUCCCUCUUCACUGAUGCCAGACAGCUCGCCAGUGAGGAAGACAAAACAUCUGCACCUUCUUUAUUCAAACUCAGCUGGCUCUCAAGUAUGACAAAAUAACACAGGAGCAUGCCCAUCUCUCUAAAUAAAUACUACUGGAUGAAACAUCUGCACCUUCAUCAUUCAAACUCAGCUGGCCCCCAAGUAUGACAAAAUAACACAGGAGCAUGCCCAUCUCUCUAAAUAAAUAAAUACUACUAGACUGUUUCCCUGGAAGGUGCCUCUCCUCAUUUAUUCCUAAGCCAUCUCAUUCCCUAGUCCUGUUAAAGUUGACUUUAAACAAAUCUAAUCCUCCUCCAGUAGUCUCAUUUUGUUUUUCACUUUGGACAUCAGUUCAGGUAGCUUGUGUUUUGUCAACAUUGAUUUAGGCCUUUACUGUUGAAAUUACAUAUCUUAGUGUCUUUUCUUGUUGCUAAGACAAAAUACCCAACAUUCAAAGUUAAAGAAGGAAAGAUUUAUUUCAGCUCACAUUUUGUAGAGGUUUCCAUUCAUAAUCAGCUGGCUCCAAGGCAGGGUGGCAGGCAGAAGAGAAUAAAAGCAAGCAAAUUUCCAGUCCAAAAGGUACAAAGAGGGGAAUUGAAAGGAACAAGAGCUAAGCAAAUCCAAAUUCCAGCAUGGCAAAUAUGAUUCCUGUAGCUCAUGUCCAACAUGCAAGGCAAUCUGUGGCAAGAUGUGAACUUCAAAGGGCUUUGGUGAUUCACCCUUACUGUACUGUUGGUGGUGUAGCUCCCAUGGCAUUAGCUUUGGGUGGGCUGUGCUCCUUCUUUGCAGUUUUCCUUAAUGGGUCCACAUUCCUGGCUUUUACAAACUUCUAGAGUCUCCAAUUCACCUUUGGUUUCACAUUCAAAGUUUCAUAAAUGCCCUCUCAGGGGCAUACAGCCUGACUUCUCAGGCCUUCUAAAAUCUGGGAAGCCUUCCGAGCCCCAUAGACAUUAUAUUUUUCACACGCCUAAAGCCAGUACCACAUGGUUGCUGCUAAGAUCUGCUGUCUACUAGCCAGGCUUCCUUUUCUUUUUUUUGUUUUUUUGUCUUUUUCGUUUUUUAUCAGUACCAGGGAUCGAACUCAUGACUGCCUGCUUGCAAGGCAGACGCUUAUGCCAGUGAGCUAAAUCCCCAGCCCCUCAGGCUUCCUUUUCUCUUGGCUAUAGAGAUAACCACCUAUGAGUCAAAUCCCAACAAACAACUUCCUUAGUCUGCCACCAUUCUGCAACUUGGUUCUUUGGAACUCACUUCUCCUAGCAAAGUCUUUGACUUUUGAAAUUAUGACUCUGUAAAAGGUACAAUCCUAAUACUUCUUGUGAUGUCCUCUAGCCGUCUAUUCUGUUGUUCUGAUAUACUUGGCUUUUUCGUGGUAGUCUUUUCAGGGACCAGUGUUUCCUAUUCAGUCUUUGCAGGCUAUAAAUCUACUGGAGGUUCCUUUCCAGCCAAACUCCAAACAUUUUAAAUCAUUCUGUUAGGCUCUUUGCUCUUGAUUCUGCACAGAAACCUAGUUAAUAUCCCCCAGUAGUAGGUAUGCCAUGCCUCAGCAUAGGCUGUUUUGGAAUUUCUCUUGCUAAAUUCAUUAGUCUGCUGCCUUUACUCUCAGUCACAGGCCAAUUUGCUGGAUGAGAGCAAAACGCAGACAAACUCUCUGCCAUGGUAGAACAGCAGUUCUGGAAUCCAACAGCUAAAGCCAUCUUGCCUAGCAAAAGCCUCCUGGGCCUGUUCUUUAAUGGCAGCUUUUCUAUCAGCAUUCUGGUCUUCUGUCCUCUGACUAGAGUCUCCUAUUGUGUACAGUUUAAGGCAUUCCAAGACUGCUCUUUCUACUGGCAUCUCUGAAUCCUUUGAAACUCUUGCCAUAAGCCAGUUGCAGAGGCUACUGAACCAUGUAGUCAGGUCAGGUACCACUCCAAUUCAGGUACUAAAUUCUGUCUUUUCUCAUUGUUGGAACAAAAUACCCAACACCCAAAAUGUAGUGACUGGCUGCAGCUCUAGGUGUUUCCAGGGGGAAGGACCAUGUGAGGAUGAGAAAAUAAAGAACAGAGGUGAAAGCUGAGAUCAGCUGAAGCCCUCUGUCCUGAUGGGAGAGAAGGGACUGCUCAACCACUGGAGCACAUUUAUUUAUAUACUCAAGAGAAGGAUGUCAGUUUCAACCUCGCUGCCUAGCACUUUGUUUGCCUGGCUUGCCUGGGCCCUUUGCCUUCUUGGAGGUUAAACAGCUUGUUUUUGAGGCUUGUUUGGGGGUAUCUGUAUUUUCAGAGCUGGCCUUGCAUUAUCCUCACACAUGUUAUCAAUCUCCAUCUUCAAAACUGCCUACCUACCCCUCUAUUUUGUUUUGUGGUAGCAUAGGAUGAGUGAUCAGUUGAAGCUGGAGGAGCUAUGUUUGAGGAACUCUGCAGAAUGCCUUUUCAUUCUUGACCCCUUUUCGUUUUAAGUGCAGUCCAAGGAUUUUAAGUUCCUGCAUUCAGUAAUUUAACCCAUUACAGUCCAUUAAUCUGUAACAGUGUAGCGUGCAGUUGUCAGAAGGUAUUAGGGAUUUGAAUUUCUUUUAUGACUAAUAUAUUACUAUAACAUUGUUUUAUAUACCUCUAGUAAUUAUACUUUUCUGAAGAAUGUUAAAGAUCAAGUUAAGGUGGGACCUGCAUUAAUUACAGUCGGUUUCCGUUAUCUACCAAGGUCAGUUAAGUUUUCUCAGGAAAUGCCUUGGGACAAUGUAUAGCACCUCUUAGCUCCCCUUGUCAGUGUCACCUGUUUGGAUGAGUCACAGCCAUGGCUUGGCCAAGUUGCUUUCUAUGAAAGCCUGGAGGCCUUUCCUCCUGGUGACUCUCCUUAGGCACACUCUACACCAAUGAUCACUUUCCUCCGUGGUCUUGAUCUUCUUGGUCAGAAGAUCAGGGACUCACUGAGUGUACACUGAUGCAGCAUAGGCUUUCUUAUGUCUUGGGUCCUCAUUGACCUUGGAAGGCUAGGGCCACAAUAGUGACUAUCCUCUUAGUCCCCCUAUCUCUCUGAUUUUUGGUCUCUAAACCUCAGUUGUGGAACAUCCAGAAAAAAAGAUUGAUAAUAGUACUGUGUAAUAGAGGCAGUAAGCUUGACAUUAUCAUCUUAGGGAAAUAGCAAGCACCUCAGAACAUAAAAUAGAAUGAUUAUUUUUUAACAACCAAGGAUGUUUUAACAUUUGAAUACCAAUGGAAUGUUAACACUUGCAUAUUUUACACAGAAAAACAAUAGAAAUCAAAACCAUACAUGACAUUACAGUUUAACAAUCAUGACACUUUGUAACAUAUUUGAAUUUUCCUUUUGACAUAAAAUACCUCUUUUAGUCAAUCAUCCUACCUAAUACAUAAAAUCUUUUACCUAACUUGUCUAUCAGUUGUAGAGCAGCCUCUGAGGCAUCACUGUCACAGAACUGAGGAUCUACUUAUUGCCGAGAUGGAAUCAAUUCCCUCUCUGGGUCUGAUCCAUGAUACAGUGGCACCCAGAUAGCCGAUUCAGCAUUCUCUGGAAAGCCACAACCAUACCCUGAACCCCAAAUUAGCUCUUAGCUUGGUCCGUUCCACUGUCUAGUAUGAAGAUCUUUCUGAAGGACCCUUUUAACCUGAUUGAAUUGUCUUGCUGCUGCUGUAGUUCCAUCGUCAGUAGAAUUUUAAAAUUGUCAAUAGUACAUACUGUCCAAUGAAGUCUAAGUACCCCCCCCCCAGUUUUUUGUUUUUGUAACUAAAACAAAUAAGCCAACAAAAAAAACCCAAACCUUCUUUGAACUACAUUUCAGUGGGACGCGUUGACAUAUGUCUAUAAUCCUAGUACUCUAGGAGGCUGAGGCAGGAUCACAAGUUUUAGGCCAGCCUGGACAACUUUGCAACUUAGUCCCUGUCAGAAAAAUGAAAGAAGGUGUGAAGACUCUGGGUUCAAACUCCAGUACCACAAAAUAAUAAUAAUAAUAAUUAUCUCUUAAUUCUUCUACAUAUCACUCUGUUUUUUCUACCCAUUCCAAUACUUUCCAGUAAUCCAAAAAGGAACUACUCUGCCUCUAUAGAAGAGUCACAGGCCAUGUUACUAAAAAUGGUGCUUCAAAGCAGAUAAGAUGAUUCUGGUCAUAAGUUAAGACAAAAAACUAAAAAUCAAUGCCAAUUUUGUUAAUCGCUUCCAUUCUGAACAGUUAAUGUUUAAAAACACAACGUAUAUGUCUUAGAAAGUGAUGUUAGAACUUUAGCAACUUAGUGUCAGAGAGAUACUCAGUGGCAUCUUAGAAAAAUAAUGGAAAGUAAUAACCAAGUGAUGCAGAAGACAAUAAUAAAAAUCUUGAUGAACUAACCAAAAUUGUGCAACUCAUAAAUGGUCAAUUUAGCAAAGGAUUAGAGUCUGUGAAAAGGUUUCAGUCAGCAAUUCAGGUGAUCAAAUAUUGCAUUGCAAGUGUGGGCAGAAAAAGUUACCAAUUUGAGGAUAGAGUUUCGAAGUAAGAAAAUAUUUUCCAAGGUCAGUUACUCAAAGACGUCUUCAAAGCAACAAGAGAAUAUGAAAAAUAGAUCCAACCGCUGCUAGAGAAUCCAAAGAACACUAAUGAAGGAGUAAUUAAGAUAAGUGAAAAUUCAGAAGAGAACAUAUUAGAAAGCUAUUCACAGAAAUAGUGGCAGAAAACCUUCAAAAUAUAAGAAAAGAUAAACAUAUAGAUAAGUGAAGCAUAGUGAAUCCCAAAUAGCCAUGAGCAAAACAGAACCUCUCUGGGUCACAUUACACUCAAAGUACCAGAAACUCAUCACAGGGACAAAAUCUUGAAAGCUUUUAAAGAAAGGGAAUGAGACCCACAUAAGGGUAAACUCAUUUGUAUCCUCUCAGCACAUACUUUGAAGGUCAGGAGGCUUGGAGUGAAAAGAUAGCAUCAGGCCAGGGAUUUAGCUGAGUGGCAUAAGGAUGCACACUUGCAUCUUCCUGGCAAGUGUGAGGUCAUGAGUUUGAUACCCAGUAUGAAAUAAGAAAGACAAGGAAGGAAGGAAGGAAGAAACAAAGAAAGAAAGAGAAAAGAGAUAACAUCUUCCAAACCCAAUUUAGGUAUCCUGCAAAAAUUGCCUUCAAAAUUGAUGGAGAAUGAGAUAUUUCAAUGACAAGGCGCACCUUGAGAGAUUCACCACUACCAAACAAACAGAACAGAACAGAGUAAAACGAACAGAAACAAAACAAUGAAUGCAAUAGAAGACUUCAAGGCAAAAUAAUAGUAAAUCCAAAAUGGGUAUCAUAGAUCUUGUUUUUUUUGAAAUGCUGCAUCUGCUACCAGAUAUAAUGAAAUGAAACAAGAUAAAAUGGAAUAAAACCCAACCAAACAAAACAAUGAGAUUGAUAACAGGAUUUUGAAGCAAGAUACUAGGGAAUUAACAAUGGCUUCCACCUUCAGAAGGAGAUGCCCCAUUUAUGCUACACUUCACAUUGUUAUCCUCUUAAUAGAUGAUUAGCCUACCAGCUUCAGGCCUGCAAAGUCGGUGAAAAACUAAACACUACAAGCAUUAAGUUGUAUUUCCAGAUAGCCAGGCGUUUAUGGGAAGGGGAUUGGCUCUUAAGAACUUUAUGGAAGAUCUAAUGUCCAAUGCCAGUAUUGCUCCAUCUCUUUAAAGAAAUCUAAAGGGAAGAAGCACUUCCAAAGCUAUGCCUGAAAGUGAGCAUUACUCAUUCUCAACCCAAAAAAGAGAACUACAGGCCAAUCUCUUUAAUGAACAUAGAUGUAAAAACUCUCAAUAAGAUACUGGCAAACAGAAAGCAGCGAGUCAUCAAAAAAUUCAUACAUCAAGACCAAGUAGGUUUCAUUUCAGACAUGUAGGGAUGGCUCAACAUACACAAAUCUAUAAAUGUAACACACAGUACAAACAGAAGCAAGGACAAAAAUCACAUAAUCAUCUCAAUAGAAGCAGAAAAGGCAUUUGACAAAAUCCAACUUGCACUCAUGAUAAAAAAUAUGAGGAAAGUAGGAAUAGAAGAUCUCAAGAUCUCAAGUUGAUAAAAGUCAUCGAUAUCAAACAAACAGCCAAUACGGUAUCAAACACAGACAGGAUGAAAGUUUUCCCUUUAAAAUCAAGAACAAGACAAGGGUAUUCACUAGUUUUCAUCUUAUUCCAAGAAACCAAAUAAUAACAAUAUUGGAGAGGCUGCAAGAGAAAAAGAAGAUGUAUGUUAUUUGUGGGAAUGUACACUAAUAAAGCUACUAAGGAAAUCUAUAGGAAGAGUCCUCAAAAUUUAAACAUAGAUGUACUAAUAUAGUGAUACAUACUUUUUAAAAAAAUUUUUAUUUAAGGAGAAAAAAAAAGCAGAAAAAGGAUACAAGUUAUACAGAAUUUUAGAAAAAAAAUAAA